AUGUCGGUAGUGCUAAAGCCAACAUGGGGCUUCACGUUUGAGUACACGUUAGCGACGGAAUCACCGAGAACGGACUGGUCACAGUCAGAGACAUCUAGUGAUACCAUAGAAAGUGUUGAACGACCACGAUACAAACGGAAAAGUGGGCUCCACUCGCUCCCAAAUGAACCUAAAACUAAAUCACACCAACGCCGACCACGACCUUGGCAUAAUGCAGUGACUACUCGUUCGAAACGUAAACCCCUCCCUUCAAGACCGCCAGCUCUUACGGCCUCAAAUGCAACAAAUGCAACAGCAGAAACGACGCCAGAAACGACGCCUGACGAGUCACUUAAUUCAUCAUCUACUGCAGCAGAGCCUGGUCCUACAUGGAUAAAAUCGUCACCGAAAAGACCUCAUUCACCCUCACGUCCAUCGACAACUCCACCUACCACUACAACUUUGGCUACAACCACAACUUUAGCCCCUACCACAACUCUAGCCCCUACUACAACUCUCGAACCAACUACAACUACAGAACCACCACGUACUAAACCUCCGCACGCCCGUAAGCAACUCAAUCAGUCCUCAAACCACUACCAUCUCUCUUCCACCUAG